GGCGGGGUACUCGGGAUCCGACAGCGGGUGGGUCCAGGCCAUGGGGCAGCCCUGGGCUGUGGGGCGCACGGAGGGGGCGCCCGGGCGGCUGCCCCUCGUGCUCACCGCGUUGUGGGCCGCGGCGGUGGGUCUGGAGCUGGCCUAUGUGCUGGUGCUGGGUCCCGGGCCGCCCCCGCUGGGACCCCUGGCCCGGGCCUUACAGCUGGCGCUGGCCGCGUUCCAGCUGCUUAACCUGCUGGGCAACGUGGGGCUCUUCCUGCGCUCAGAUCCCAGCAUACGGGGCGUGAUGCUGGCCGGCCGCGGUCUGGGCCAGGGCUGGGCUUACUGCUACCAGUGCCAGAGCCAGGUGCCGCCGCGCAGCGGGCAUUGCUCCGCCUGCCGCAUCUGCAUCCUGCGUCGGGACCACCACUGCCGCCUGCUGGGGCGCUGCGUGGGCUUUCGCAACUACCGGCCCUUCCUGUGCCUGCUGCUUCACGCCGCGGGUGUCUUGCUGCACGUCUCCGUGUUGCUGGGCCCCGCCCUAGCGGCCCUGCUGCGAGCCCACACACCCCUCCACACCGCCGCCCUCCUCCUGCUGCCCUGGCUCAUGCUGCUCACAGGCCGCGUCUCCCUGGCGCAGUUCGCCCUGGCCUUCGUGACGGACACGUGUGUGGCGGGCGCGCUGCUGUGCGCGGCCGGGCUGCUCUUCCACGGGAUGCUGCUGCUCCGGGGCCAGACCACCUGGGAGUGGGCUCGGGGCCAGCACGCCUACGACCUGGGCCCCUGCCGCAACCUGCAGGCGGCCCUGGGGCCCCGCUGGAUUCUGGUCUGGCUCUGGCCCUUCUUGGCCUCCCCAUUGCCUGGGGACGGGAUCACCUUCCAGACCACAGCUGACACGGGACCCGUGGCUUCCUGACUCCGGGAAGAGCCGGAGCUGUACAGAGCGGGGAGCAGUGAGGGAGGGGCUCACAAUUCAUGUCAGGGCCAGCCCCAGCCCCAGCCCCAGCCCCAGCCUCGGGUGGAGAGGCGGGUUGGUACUUGACACCGGCUUUUGGCCACUGCAGCCCCAUCCUUGGCCUUGCCCCUGCCCAGCUUGGGCUCCUAGUAGCCAGGGCUUGGGCCCUACAAUUCUGCCUCUACCAGUGGCCACCGAAUGCAGGGGAGGGUCUGGCAAAGGGCGGCUCUGCCAGCCCGCUACUCCUUUGCCAGGUUAAUAAAGUGCCCACUUGGUCCUUCGACUCCCUCCAUCUUUGUGGGUUUCUGGUCCCUCACUGCUGCCCAGCUGCUGUUUCACACUCCUCUGACCACCACGCCCGGGAACCACAGAAUGCCUGCGCCUGUGAGGGGCCAGGGCUCUGCCUCCUGUGGCCUCGGUGGGGUGGGCACGGCGGCGCCCACAGGCCAAGGCGGCAGGUAGCGAUCCAGAGCAUGAGAAUGUAAAAUUCUUUCCCAGGUCCAGUGCUUUCCAGUUAGAAGCAUCUCCACCCCACCCCAGUUUCAGUGAACCCGACUCACCAGGUCACUGGGCAGCACUGACGCAGGUAAAACCCCUGAAAGCUCUGAGAGUUGCUGUGGUAAGGUCACGGGGUAGUAAGUGGAGGAGUCAGGGUUUGAACCCGGGUCUUUGUGCUUUUUCUCCUUCACCCCUGCACAGCUGAGGGAGGAGACUGGGACAGUCAAGGCAGAGAAACUAGCCAAGGUGUUGAGCAUCUGCUUGGGAGCUACUUGUUAAACAUUUUUAUUUAAAUGGAGUAACUAGAGUUAAAUGUGGCAGAUUUGAAUACAUGUGUUUGUCUGUUUCCUCUUAAAAUCUAAAAUGCUAGUGGAGAGAUGAGAAGGAUGUAAGUUUACAAGAAGAAAAUAGGAGGCGGCAGUAAACCGAACAGCCUGGCCCGUGUACUGUGUCAGUGGAGGAGUUCUUGAAGUUGCGUUCUCAGAGGGAGGGGCCAAGAGGCAGCCAAAUUGCCCCCGGAACCCCGGAGAGGCUCAAGAACCCCACCAGCACCACGGAGGGCAAGGGUCGGGGCUGACACCGCAGGGACUGACCCAAAGUCUAUGUGGGCGGCAGCUAGGGUACCCCCCCCACCCCGGCACCCACCUCCCCCCUUACAGCCAAGCAGCUACCCCUCUGGGGAUAAAAUUAUCUUCUAUUUGAAGCAGCUUUGUGUCUCAGGGGCGCUGGGGAGAGUAGGGAUGAGAGGCUCGACCAAAAGUGGGGUUCAGCUACAGGUGCUGUGUGGGUGGGGGUCUUCCCAUGACACGGCAGACUUGCCUGCCAAGGACGCUCAGAGAAGCCCACCCUCCCGGCAGGCCCUGCCCAGGCCCACCAAGGUUUUAGCUGCUAGGACUUUUGUCUUUCCAAAGGGCAUGAUGCUCUGUUAUUAUUUUGUAACUGGGUUGGGAACGUGGGGAGCCUGGCGCUUUGUGCUGUGCAUAGGCACUAGGAGACCGACUCUUUCCUCCUUUGCUUCACCUAGUCUGCCCCCCGCCCCGAGUGUCUUGGACAUGCAAGAAAGUAUUUAUAAAAUAGAAACACCAGCUUCCCACCCCCACCGAAGAAACGGGUCCCAUUUCCCGGGACGUCCCUGCUGUGCCCUCCCGGGUAGGGGACACACUGCUGUCUUCAUCAUUCCCUGGCUUUGCUUUGUAAUUUCAUCCUGUCUGUAAUGGUUUUGCAUGUCUUUGAAUUUGAUAUAAAUGGAAUCACACCGUG